AUGGUAUAUAUAACUCGCUUUUUAAAAAAUUUAAUUGGUGAUGAAGAUAAGUCAGGCUUAGGUUCUGCUUUAGCAAAUUGCAUUAAUCUCUCAAAUUUGACACUUUACCUUUAUAGCAAUUAAAUUGGUGCAAUUGGUGCAUCAGGCUUAGGUUCUGCUUUAGCAAAUUGCAUUAAUCUCUCGAAUUUGACACUUUACGUUAUUUACAAUUAAAUUGGUGAUAAAUGUGCGUCAGGCUUAGAUUCUGCUUUAGCAAAUUGCAUUAAUCUCUCAAAUUUGACACUUUACCUUUAUAACAAUUAAACUGGUGAUGAAGGUGCAUCAGGCUUAGGUUCUGCUUUAGCAAAUUGCAUUAAUCUCUCAAAUUUGACACUUGACAUUAGUAGCAAUUAAAUUGGUGCAAUUGGUGCAUCUGGCUUAGGUUCUGCUUUAGCAAAUUGCAUUAAUCUCUCAAAUUUGACACUUGACAUUAGUAAGAAUAAAAUUGGUGAUGAAGGUGCAUUAGGCUUAGGUUCUUCUUUAGCAAAUUGCAUUAAUCUCUCAAAUUUGACACUUGACAUUAGUAGCAAUUAAAUUGGUGCAAUUGGUGCAUCAGGCUUAGGUUCUGGUUUAGCAAAUUGCAUUAAUCUCUCAAAAUUGAGACUUUACCUUUAGUAAAAACAGUUUAUUUAUUAUGGAUUGUGA